CCCCCUUUAAAACAAACCUUUCCCCACAACAGCUUUCUGUUACGGUUUUCUGUAUGACUGAUGGUUUGUUUCUGUAACUGAUAUGCCGGUAUUUACUCGAUCAAACUGCUAGUUUGACCACGUUGCCCCAACACGUCAGAUUGUGUGAUAACAGCGCAUUUACGAGCCCCUGAGCUGAACGUAACUUCCCCUGUAUACACACACCAUACUACAGUCUGGUGAAGUCAACUUCCCUGUCUAGUUCUGGUGCAGUCUCGAUCGCCGAGAUACACAGGGAAGUAUCGGCACAAAGAACAGAUGAGACGUCGCGGCGCAAAUGCAGUGAGAUUGGACGUAAUCAGAUGAUCUGCUACUCGGAUGUUUAUUGGACAACAAGGGUACACACUUCUUGACCCUUAACCCGUGUAUAGCCUGGAAUCGGCGUGGCUGAAGGAGACCCAGCCUCACCGCCUGCUUCCGUGCCCGGCAGGCACACGGUCUCUAACGCUCCCGAGAACGUGUCGACUCAUAAAUUCUGCUGGCGUGGUGAUUGACAGUGGUCCGCCUACUUUCCAACCCUACCGGGCCACGUGAUUGGGUCCGCCGGGGGGGUUGUUGUAGUUGUGGGCACUCGCCGUGCAGACGAGCUAAGUUCAGUCCUGUGGUACGCGCCGCCGUCCUGUCCGAGGGAGUACCGUGCGUCUGUCUGUCAGGCAACAGGUCGGGAUGGAAGAACUCAAACUCACGCCUACCGUCAACGGUGCGGCCGAGCUGGACAACAACGCCAACAUGGGCGAUUUUCUGGGUCCCGGGUCUGGAAACCCCUCAGGCACCGCCGCCAAACAGGAGAUGUGCGCCGGGUGUCAGAAGCCAAUCGCCGACCGAUUUCUUCUAAAAGUCGGCGACAACUGCUGGCACGAGAAGUGUCUACAGUGUGCUGUCUGUGGGCAGCGGUUAGCCAGGUCUUGUUAUGUCAAGGAAAGAAAACUAUACUGCAAGUCAGAUUACGAAAAAUUAUUUGGGACCAAGUGCACAGGCUGUCUGCAGUCCAUUCCUUCUACAGAGUUUGUGAUGAGAGCCAUGGGUAACAUCUACCACCUCAGAUGUUUCCAAUGUGUGGUCUGUCAGCAAAGGUUACAGAAAGGGGACGAGUUCAUCAUGAAAAAUUCACAGUUAUACUGCAAGCCUGACUAUGAAAAGGAAGUUCAGCUGGCAGUUCCAAAAAUGAGUCCAGGUAGUAGUGAGGAAGAUGAAAAUACCACAGAAAAUCGGCCCCGACCAAAGAGGCCACGUACAAUUCUGACAACACAACAGAGACGAGCCUUCAAGGCAUCGUUUGAAGUCUCCCCAAAACCAUGCAGAAAGGUAAGAGAGACGCUGGCAGCUGAGACUGGGCUGAGUGUGAGGGUGGUGCAGGUGUGGUUCCAGAACCAAAGAGCCAAGAUGAAGAAACUUGCCCGACGAAACCAGGAGGCAUCGCAGGGGGGCAAUGGGGAGGGGAAGAGCAGGGUGCCAUCCAGACAGCAGAGGAGGCGGAAAGAUGACGAUGAGAGUUCCAAUUCUUCCAUGGAUGUUUUGUACACAGAUGACAUGAUGUCGAUGGGGGACAAUAAUGGACUCCCCCAAGGCCAGGGGCGGCCGGAGGGACACAUCAUGGAGAACUUCUCUCCAAUGCAGCCCAACCUACCUCACCUCAACAAUAUAGUAGAUGGACCCUACCCAGAACAUCACAUCAGACCUCCUGUAUCCAUGGUACCUCAGAACAUGUACCCUACCCAGGGACUACCACCAGACACAGCGGAUGAUAUGUUUCCAGAGAUGAUUGGUCAAGCUCCACCCACCACUGUGGACAACAUAGACAAUUGCAUGGUGGGAAAUGGGCAUCAUCCAGCCUCUCACAUGCCCGCCAGCAUGCCCCCCCACUCACAGCCUACACAACUGGGAAACCCUAUAGACAAACUCUACUCCAUGCAAAACUCUUACUUCAAUGCAUAGCAAACAGUUAGUCAUCGGAACAUGCACAUCUGGAGGAUGAUGUAUGAUACCAUGGACUAACACUGCCCCUUCUGUCCCUUCUAUGUGUUUAUAAUACAUGUACCGGUACAUCCAAGAAAUGUGCAAUAGCAGAGUAAGGUCAUGUGUAUGCAGUCCAGUCUUCAUGAUGUGGAUCAAAUCCUUGUGUAAUGUAGUCCAUAUUUGGUGGUAAUAUUUAGUGAUUCAAAAUUGUAAGUGUACCAGAAAGCUUGUCUGUCAUAUUGUUCAUGUAAGUUUUGUUGUCCUGUAAAAAAUUAAUGUCUGUUUGUAUGUAUGUAGAGACUUGAAAAUGUACAGCCUUGCAUUUACACCCCAAUUCUAAUCAUGAAUGCAUGCAAUCAGUCAACUCAUGUGCACAUACAACAUGUACUAAUUACCAAGCACUUAGUAAUUACACUUUUGGGUAGUACAUGACAGAUCAGUAUUGUGAAAUCAGUGUUAGCAAAGGACAAGGCUUUAGCACUUAACAGUGUAAUUCACUUUUGCUCUAGCAAAGGUACAUGCAGAAAAUGGUUACUAAUAGGAGAGAUGGUUGUUGUAUCACACAAUCACACACAAAAACUUUUGACAAAUGAUCUACAAUGUAUGCCCACUUACUAUGGAAAAGAAAGAUCAACUUUGCAUCUAAAAUCAUUGGCCACCAUUCAACUGAAUUGGUGAUACACUGUAGGUGAUGAUUUGACUGUCCAAUUAUUGGGAAAUACAUACAGAUCCACUGACCAAGUUUGUAUAUGUGAAAAUGUGCAUCACAAAGUUUCUUAGUUAUUGUCCAAUUGAGGGAAUGGUAGCAUUCCUGUGAGCUUUGGAUCUUUUAUCAAUGGCAAUGUGACCUCUGGCACAGUUUGUCCUGUUCAAUAUACCAUCCAGCUUCUAGUUAUUGUCCUGACUGCCUGUUCAAAGAACAUCUUGUUUGAGGCUCUGAUGGCACUGAAACUUGACACAUCAGACAUUGACUAUUGUCUACAACUUCCUUCAUGGUGCUCCAGUGACCAAGGGUGACUGUGAAUAGUGUAUGGUUAUAUACAGUUGAACUAUGAUAAAGGGUUAAUGACCACCCUGAGGUGUAUAUCACUAUAUGGUGUCAUAAGGCCUGGUCAUUUGUUAUAACCACCGAAUAAAUCCACUGAGUGAGCAUUAUUCUGUUUGGUCAAUGUCCUUCUUCUGAUUGAAUCCGGUGACAGAUGAUUAAGAACCGGUGUUAAAUGUGUUACAUGAAUUUCUAUGUGUUACAGCAUCAUAACCAAGAUGAAAUAGGAUCUUCUGAGAUCAUCACACUUUUAGCCCAAUUUUCAAGAAAAUUAAGAUUUUUUUCUACACUGAUAGUUUCCAAGCACAAGAGUAAGACACACCAAGUAAGUUACAAAAUUAGUCAUUUACUUUAAAAACUUAAAGGUUUCCUGUGAAGCUGACUUCUACCUACUCUUCUUUUAGAUCUGGGAUCUCAAUAUUAAGAUGCCAUCUGUAAAAACAAGUUUAUGUGGUAUUCUGUACUGUACUUGUGUUAGAUCUUUGCAUAUGUUUCAGCUGUAGCAAAAAUCCCAUGUAGCUGAAUGUAGACAUCUCACAAAUUUAUUCAGCAGAAGUCAAGUGCUCCAAACACACAAGCUAGGACUACAACCACACACCUUACUGGACUACAGGCCACAUAGGACUACAGCCAACCCUACAUGUACAUUUGGUGCAUUUAUUGGUAGCAGAUAAAAGUUAUGCCUGCCCAAUAGUAUUGGUGCAUCUAGCUCUGUGAUCAUUUUACUGGCAUUAGAUCACAGCCUCAAAAGACAAGCGCUGGAUGUGACAUUAUAUUUGGGACGGAUUUGUUACACGUCCAUCUUUAUUGUAAAAGUGGCAGAUGUGAUGUUACUUUGUAUGUGAGAUGAAAUUGCUACAUGUAUUAUGUAUAA